CGCACCACCAACCCUCCACCACACCACCCACACUCCAGUCCGUAAGACGCAGGCGAACACAGGAGCACGGGAGCACAGAGCAUACUAAAUUGAAACCAUUUCCGCAGAAUAGUGAAAGUGCUUGGCGACGCAUCAUCACACUUCGCUUGGUCCACGCGGGUUCGAGCCUCGAGGUCGUCGUAGAUACCGUAGUACCGCUGCGCAAGAGAAUAGCAGCGCCCCCCCCCCCCCUCCCUCUCCCCUUCCCCCCUCUCUUCUCCACGAAAACCGGCCUAGGGAAACGCAUUCAGGCGCGCGAGACUCGCGCAGGGAAAUGCUUUACGUGCCGGAAGCAACUGCGAUAGCAUCUGUUUUUUAUGCGCCUCAAAACCAUGGCUGUAGCAGCCGCAGCCGCAGCAGCAACAGCAGCAGCGGCCGCGAGCAGCGGCGUCAGCACCACGUAGAGCACUAGCGCCCGUGGCCCCCCUUCCAUGGGGGUGCGCCCAGCCGUCGCACGAGCCAAGCCGCUAGCAGCAGUAGCCCAGCCGCGCUGCCCAGGCUCCGCUUCCGCCAACGCUUCCGCACUUGCCCGCGCUUCCGCGCGCGAAGCGGGGGCCGGGGCGGACGGGGGUCUUGUCGGAAGUAACGGCGGCCCGCGGACCGAUGCGGAACAAAACGCAGUAGCCUUGGCGGAAGAAGCGGAAGAGGCGGAAGAAGCGGGAGUUGCGGAGGAUUUUCUGCGGAUUAGCUCCGACAGGGGGGAUUGCUCCGCGGACUGCUCCGCGGAUUCGAGCGGAGGCGGAAUUGCCAAGAAUAGCCGUAGCUUCAAGCGGGCUCCCGCGGAGGCCCAUUCUACUAAUAGUAGGGAAAUUAGCAGCAGCGCUGCAAUCGGCGGGGUUGGCGCGAUUGGCGCGCAGCAGUCUAACAACAGUAAUUCCCUCGGGGAGAGGAUUAAGAGCGCUAACAGGCGUAGUGGUAGUGUCGCUGAUAGUGGUAACCCUAGUGGUUUCGGUAAUCCUUGUGACCCUAGUAGCCACAGUGACUUUUGUAACCCGAGUAACCCUGGUAACGCCGAUAACGCUGGUAACCCUAGCAACGCCCUUCGCCACUCAUCGUUACUGCAGAAGAGUGGUUUCAGCAGUCCUGCGAGUAACAGCAGCUGGAUCAGCCAUAGCAGCAGCAGUAACAGUAACAGUAACAGUAACAGAAACUCCAGUCCUAGCCCGGUUGGCGUGAGCUGGAGCAAUAGUAGCAACAGCAGCAGCGCGGGAUACGGAGGAGGAUACGGGAGCGCGAACAGUGGCGGGUAUAGCAACGGGUAUAGCAGCCCUCGCCCAGGAUACAUCGGCAGCAGCAGCAGCCCUAGCCCCAGUGGUGGGAAUUGGAGCCCCGACGUUCCUUCUGACGACGUCAGCAGCAACAGAAGCGCCGCGGAUUACAGCCACGUGGGCAACAGCGACCGCAGAGGGCACUGCCACGUGGGCGAGGACGGGAUGGACGAGGGGGGGGGCGCACAGCAGCAGCAGCAGCAGCAGCAACGUCACCAGCAGCAGCAGCAGCACCAGCAGCAGCAGCAGCAGCAGCAGCAGGAGGAGGAGGAGGAGGUAGAGGGCGAGCAGCAGCAGGAGGCAUGGCAAACCAUGGAGUGCGGCGUCCCAGGCACCACCAACUACCGAAUCAUGUUCUCCAAUCCCGACGGCCACAUCGUCUCACCCUGGCACGACCUCCCCCUCUUCUCCCCCGCCUCCCUCCUCCACUUCAUCUGCCAGACCCCCCGCGACUCCGUCGUUGGCUUCGACCUGGCCUGCACGGAGCCUAACACGCCGCUCCGGCUCAAAAGGGUCCUCCCGCUCACCUCAACCGUCGUGGCCAUGCUCCAGCAGAAGCCGUCCGCAGCGGGCCGGCUGGCGAAACCGUUUGAGGUCCCCGCGCCCUGCAACUGCGGGCUGCUGCCGCAGACAUGGGUGCUGAAGCCUGGGGGGGGCGGAGCGGAGAGCAUGGCAGGGGUGGCGGCGAACGGGGGGGGGCAGCCAGUGCAGGUGGUGGAGAUAGGGACGAAUCCGUCGUGGACAGGGGAGGUGUACGAGGUGUACCCGUUAGUGGCGAUCUGCGUCGCGGUGGGGCCGGGGCAGUGGGUGUGGACGCUCGUUACAGUGGCUGCUGAUGACCCCGAGGCGGCGGAGGUGUGUGACUAUAUGAGCAAGGCGAGCCUGGAGACGCUGGAGGAGACUCUAGCGGGGAUAAGGGAGUGGCUGGAGACGUUUUACCACCACCAACCAGGCACCCCGCCCCCCUCGGCAGCCAGCAGCAUAGAGCGCGUGGUGGACACCAAGACAGCCGCGGAGUUUGUCUCUGAGGCGCACUCCGCCUGGCAGGCCAAGUUCCUCUCCCCCCACACGCUCCCCCACGCGCCCAACCUCCCCCACGCGCCCCCCCUCUCCCCCAUGGGGUAUGUCGGAGGGGGGGCCGCUGGGGGAGCGCCUUUCAGCCCGUACGGGCGGGGGCAGGGGGGAGGGUUUAUGCUGCCUAGGGGCUGGCACAUCGGUGGGGGGAAUGGGGGGAAUGGGGGGAAUGGGGGGAGUAGGGGGAGUAGGGGGAGGGGGCGGUGGAGGGGGAGGGGAGUUGAAGCGGAAGAGCUCACUCAGAAGGAAGCCAGCAGGGGGGAAUGGGGAGGGGGGGAGGGGGGAGGAGGCGAGGUAAAGCCGAAGAGAAGUGUUCGGUUCAAUCAGGUUGUUCGAGUUAAAGUGAUUCGGAACUUGAAGGGACGAGCAGAGGAGGAGGAGGAUGAUGAGGAUGAGGAGGAGGAGGAUGGGGAUGGGGAAGAGGAGGAGGAAGGAGAGGAGGGGGAGGAAGGGGAGGAGGAGGAGGGGGAGGAAGGGGAGGAGGAGGAGGGGGAGGAGGGAGCGGAGGGGGGAGGGGAAGAAGGGGAAGAGAAGUGGGAGGGGGAAGGAGAGAUGGCUGGAGAAGGGCUGAGAGGGGAAGGGGAGGAUGGGGAUGGGGAUGGGGAGGAGGAUGAGGAUGAGUUUUCAGAGGCAGAGGAGGAAGACGGAGGGGAGGGGAUAAUACUUGAGGAGGAAGGGGAAGAGGAGGAGGGAAAGGAGGAAGGGGAGGAGGAGUUGGUAGAGGUUGAAGGGAUUGGGGGUCCGGGGGGUAAGGGGAAAGGGAAGGGGAAAGGGAUGGGGAAAUGUGGUGUUUCUGGCAUGUCAGGACGUGCCGUUUGGAGGAAAGGGGAGGUGGAGGAGGACGAGGAGGAGGACGAGGAGGAAGAGGGAGGGGAGGAGGGGGAAGGAGGUGGGGUUGGGGGUGGGGGGGAUGGAGAGGAGGGGAGGGCAAGGGGAGGGGAGUUGGGGGUGGAUGGAAAGGGGGAGGGGGAGGGUUGCGAGGGUCGAUCAGGGCAACGAGAGAGGAGUGGGGAAGGAGGCAUGGAGGCGAGUGACAUGAGUGAGCAGCGAACAGUAGGUGGCACUGGCGGUUCAGAACAGUUAGAAAACGCUGCUUCGGCAUCACAUGCAGCAGAGGAAGCAGAAGGAGUAUCAGGAGGACCGGGAACAGCAGCAGCAGCAGCAGCAGCAGCAGCAGCAGGCGAAGUAACCCAUCAUCACAUACACCCCUCCGGGUUACCUCCCAUCUCUCCUUCUUCCUUCCAACCACACUCCAGGUCACCACCACCACACCACCACCACCACCAGCAGCAGCAGCACCAGCAGCACCACCACGACCAUCAGCACCAGCACCAGCAGCAGCACCAGCACCACCAGUCAAGCAAGCCCUUUGGUCGAUCUAUAUCCGACAAUUCUGCUCAAUCUAGACACUCCGUCAACUCCCCUUCUGCUUCCUCCUCCCCAUCCUCCUCCUCCCCCUCCCGCUCCUCCCCCUCCCGCUCCUCUCCCUCCCGCUCCCCUCCCAAAAGGUCCUCAGCAGCAGCAAGAGCAGCAGCAGCAGGGCUGCCUAUGAGCCACAGCACAGGGCACAGCCCCCCAAGGCUUCCCCGAGGCAAAGCAGCAGGUGGUACAUCUUCAGGGGUUUCGUUAGGUGGUCAGCAUGGUUUGGCUCGUAGCGGAGGAACGGUGGCAGAGGCAGAAGCACAGCUGAGGGAGAUGAGACUGGGAGGGAGCAGGGGAGGGGGGGAGGAGCGGGGAGAGUGGGGAGGUGGGCUUGAAGAGUCACCGUCUGUGGGCAGUGGGGAAGGGAGAGGAGGGGAAGGCAGAGGAGGGGAAGGCAGAGGAGGGGAAGGGAGAGGAGGGGAAGGGAGAGGAGGGGAAGGGAGAGGAGGGGAAGGGAGAGGAGGGGAAGGCAGAGGAGGGGAAGGCAUUGGAGGGGACGAGAGAGGGGACUUUUUGUCGAUGGCUUCUGAUGGUGAUAGGGAAGGUGAUGCCGCCUCUGCUGGUGUAUCUGGCUCUGUGCCUGCUUCUCGGAUGAAACCAGGCAAGUCAGCAGCAGCAGCAGCAGCAGCAGCAGCGGCGGUGGCGGCGGCAGGACCAGUGAGGCGAUUGCGGAGGGCGAAAGCUGGGGACAGCAGCAGCAGCGGCGGCAGUGGGCAGAUGGGGCAAAUGAUUGCUGGUAUCACCAGUAGCAGCAGCAGCAGUGCUGCUAGCAGUCCCCUUGACGGGCAAGGAGGGGGGGCAGCGGAUACUGCAACCUCUGUAGCAGCAGCAACAGGAGGGGCAGGAGGGGCAGGAGCAGGGUUAGCAGGGGCAGCCGAAGGGGUAACAGGAGGGGGGGAAAGCAGAGAGGCAGCAGCAGCAGAGCCAUCACAAAAGCGAGGGGGGAAAGGGAAAGGCAGCAAGGCCAAUCGGCAAUCCUCUGUAGGUGGGCAGGGGGAUGAGAUGGGUGCUGCUGGGGAUGCUGCUGCUGCUGCUGCUGCUGCUGCUGCUGCAGCUGCUGGUGCUGCUGCUGGUGAAGUAGCAGGAGCAGGAGCAGCAGGAGGAGCAGGAGCAGCCGGAGCAGCAGGAGAAGGGGCUCUUUCGUCGCACCCACCGUACGCACCGGGCCCUGGGGGUGCGAAGAAGCGGAUCGUGCGACGAUCGUCAUUAGGCAGCGGAAACUUGGCAGAUGCUCUUGCUGCUGCUGCCGCUGCUGAUGCUGCCGCAGGGCUUGAGAAUGGUGGGGUUGCGACUGAGAGUGGGGAAGGAGGGAGCAGGGAAAGGAAAUCUACAGUGCAGAGAACGGGGAGUGGGAAGGUGAAGAAAAAGCAGGGGUCUAUAGGCGGGGCUAGUGACUGGUCAAGUGCGGAUCAAGGGACAGGUGGCAGUGCUGGUGCUGGUGCUGGUGCUGGUGCUGGUGCUGGUGCUGGUGCUGGUGCUGGUGCUGGUGCUGGUGCUGGUGCUGGUGCUGGUAGGGUGAAGGAGAAAGGGGUGAGGAAGUUGAGGAGAGGUAAAGGGUCCCUGGGGAGUGGCAGCAGCAUUGACGUGAGCGGGCCACUGGAGAGAGGUGGCAUGGGGAGUGGGAGUGGGUAUGGCAGUGAUACAGGAUCCAGCAUAGCAGGCCAAGAGGGGGCAGCAGCAGGAGUAGGAGGAGGAGGAGGAGUGGGAGGAGGUGGGACGGGAGUAACACCUGUGAAAACUCGGCUUCGGAAGGCUCCCUCUGGGUCCUGCGCUGCUCUAGCAGCAGCGUGUGACGCCCCUCUCCCCCCCACACACGGCCACAGCGUCCCUCCCAACUCCACACUCGCACAUGCAUCUGGGGGGGUGGGUGGAGCAGACGAGGGGAGAGGGAAGGAAGGGGGAGGGAAGGAAGGAGGAGGGGUAGAGAAGAAGCUCACUAGGAGGUUGUCUGGAGGGAUAGGUGGCAGCAGUGGCGGCGGGAGUGGUAGUAAUACGGGGCGUGGGAGUGGCAGUGGCAGUGGCGGUGGGAUGAAAGGGAAGAGUAAGCUGAAUCGAGCGGAUGGGGUAUCGGCACUUCUGCUAGAGGAAACAUGGGAUGAUGCAGAGGGGGGCGAGGGGAGGGGGGGAGAAGGGAGGGGAGAGAAGGGGAAGGGAGGGGGAGGAGAGGCGAAGAACGGUAGAGUGGGAAGGAAGGGACGGAUGGGAGAGGGGAGUGACAGGGAAGACAGAUGAUGCGGGGAGUGUGGGGGGUGGAUUGUGGAAGGGAGGGGAUGAGUAGUGGAAGGUGGAGAGGUAGUGCAGUGAGGCUGGGGCGAAUGAUCGGAAAGCGAGGGAGGGGAAAGAGCGAAGCAGAAGGGGCUGGGAAAAGGCAAAGGCAAGGGGAGUGAGUGAAUGGGAGGGGGGAAAGAAUAGGGAAUAGAGGGAGGGAGGAGGGAGGAAAGUGGAAGGGAAGUGGGGAAUGAGGAAAGGGGGAGGAUAAUAUAGAGAAAGGAGUGGAGGAGAUGGGGAAGGGGGGAUGGAUGGAGGGCUUGGUUUGCCUGAUGUUGAAGAGGAAAGGGUAAGGGAUGGUCAGCUUGGCACACAAGGAUAGACCGACGUACACUGAUAUGAACAGGAGGAUGAGAAAGGGAGGGGGGAGAGGGGGGUUCGGGGUUCAGGGGGAGGGGUAGAUUUAUUCCUAAAGAGGAGGUGUCUGGGUCUCUUUCAUGAAACAUGUACUGUACAACCAUGUUGCGCCGCGUGGGUAGGGUACUGGAAUGCGAACGAAUGCCUUCUCUCUAAUGCUAGAUUUAGAGCAGUAGUGUAGUAAUUUUGAGAGAGCAUGCCCUUUCCCCCUCCCUUUUUGGCUGGGUGGGGACCAU